AUGGUGGGGUGGAUAUCGUGGGUGUUUACCUUCGUUUUCCAUGUCAUUCCAAGCGUGCUGUACUGGGUCAUCACUUUUUCUACCAUCACACUGCCAACAUGGCUUUUUACACUCUUUUCCAUGAGCCUGACCUUCACCAUGAAUUUCACGACGCUGUUACUGAUUGUGCUGGCUGUCGUGUCGACCAUCAGCUGGUUUAUUCGAUACCGGUUCUUGAACAUGUACAGCCGCCUGCCCCCCGAGCCGCAACGCAAGGAACCCCAGCUCGAUCUUUUCCCCGAUAUCCAAGAAGGUGAUUCCAAACCGGGCCUGGCCAACUACUUGGAUGAAUUCCUGAGCGCCAUCAAGGUCUUUGGCUACCUGGAGCGACCCGUGUUCCACGAAUUGACCCGCACCAUGCAGACUAGGAAGUUAAUCGCUGGCGAAACACUGUUACUAGAAGAGGAAAAAGGCUUCUGUCUCGUCGUAGAUGGCCUGGUUCAGAUCUUCGUGAAAUCCAUUCGGGAGGGCAAGCUUGGUCCCGAUGAUGACCAAAUCCGCCCCGGUCGCGAAUCGUCCGCGGAGGAAGAAGAACAUGAAAUUGAUGGGAAGCAAGGAUACCAGCUCCUCACCGAGGUCAAGAACGGGGCCUCGAUGUCGUCCUUGUUCUCAAUCCUGUCGCUUUUCACCGAGGACAUUCAGCUGCGGGAUUCCGGAAGCUUAUCCUCCAGUACUUCUAGCGUAGGCCCGGCUCCUGUCCGGUUAACCGAUUCAGUUCCGACCAGUCCUCGAGGCUUAGGAGACAGUCCUUUCCCUGGCCCUACCAGAGGUCGUCAAGGGUCAGUUUCCCAAAUUCAUGGUAGUGGUGACUUUCUGCCAGCGGUGCCCCCAUUGAAUCUGGAGGAUGGGCAAACCGCGUCGAAUCAAGACCCGUUGCCCGACACGGGGAAGCAACGGGGAAAGAAGCGUCGAAAGUCUGUUCACCCGGACAUCGUCGCGCGGGCCAUGGUAGACACAACCAUCGCGAUCAUUCCGGCGAGCGCGUUUCGUCGUCUGACGCGAGUUUAUCCCAAAGCGACUGCACACAUUGUUCAGGUUAUCCUGACGCGCCUUCAGAGAGUGUCGUUUGCCACAGCGCAUUCCUAUCUCGGACUUACCAACGAGGUUCUGGGGAUUGAAAAGCAAAUGACCAAGUAUACCACCCACGAUCUGCCGAAUGACAUGCGCGGAGCGGCUCUGGACCGGCUCAAGGAUAAGUUCAUCAAAGAACGAGAUCGUCUGGGCCCAGAGGAAGUGACCAAGGGUAUCGCGUUGCACAAUCCUUCUAGCGGACGAAGAAACCGAUCGAAUAGUUUCUUAAGAAAAGAGGCUGCUCUCCACGCAAAGAUGACAGCACCGAAGCGUGCAGCCACAUCGAGUGUGCAAGACACUGCCAGUGAGCGCGAGACUGCCGGAGUAAGCCCCGGUGAUCUCUUGACAACCAUCCAACUCUCUAGAUUCGGCCCUAGAUAUGAACACCUAGCCCCUAAACUGUACAGCCCUCUUACCGAAAAAGAGCCCUCCCCUUUUCGGUCCCCGAUCAUGCCGACGCGACCUUCGACUUUUCACCGGAAGGAAUCUGUUGACGAGGAUGCCCUUUUCCGAGAAUCGAUUCUGGACUGUAUCAUGAAGGGUAUCGGCCUGAGUGGAAGCACUCGCGAUGUCCUGCGUAAGAGCAGCCAUUCUGGGGAUGCGUCCCCUAAACUGCUCUCCUAUGAUUCCCGGCGCCAGAAAGCAGUGUUCUCAAACAAUGCGUUCGGCUUCAUUGAUCCUUAUGAUGGGUCGGGCGAUGGCGAGACGGAGUCCAUGAUGUCCAUGUCUGUAACCAGUGCCGGGGGAACUUCGCCUAUUGUCAAUCUGCGGGAAGAACUUCGCAAUGAUAUAGAGAUCGUCUACUUCCCUCAAGGCUCAGUCCUUGUGGAGCAAGGGGAACGCCACCCAGGGUUAUACUAUGUGAUUGACGGCUUUUUGGACGUGGGAGUUCCUGUGUCCGACAAAGCGGAAGAUCUCGUGGGAGCGUCCAGACCAGUUCAUGCCCAAUCCCGCGAAGAAUUCUUCCCUGCACUGAGGCGGACCAACACAAGCGCGUCGCGCGUCCCGGGUGUGGCGAGCUCGACCAAUGAUCCCAAGAGAAAGAAACAGUCCCGGAACUCGCUUUACAUGAUCAAGCCCGGUGGCAUCCAGGGUUACGUUGGAGCGGUCGCGUCUUAUCGGUCAUACACAGAUGUCGUUGCGAAGACAGACGUGUAUGUGGGUUUCCUCCCACGAGCGUCUCUGGAAAGAAUCGCGGAACGGUAUCCUAUUGCGCUGCUGACCCUGGCCAAGAGACUGACCAGCCUUCUCCCUCGACUACUGCUCCACAUCGAUUUCGCUCUUGAGUGGGUGCAAGUAAGUGCAGGCCAGGUCAUAUACCACCAAGGUGACGAGAGCGACGCGAUCUAUCUCGUUCUGAACGGUCGUCUUCGAUCCGUACUCGAGGGCGGCAAUGGCAAGAUGACUGUCGUCGGGGAAUACGGCCAGGGAGAAAGCGUGGGUGAGUUGGAAGUCAUGACCGAGUCUACUCGGCCAGGCACUCUCCACGCUAUUCGAGACACCGAAUUGGCCAAGUUCCCUAGGACUCUAUUCAACAGUCUUGCACAAGAACACCCCGGGAUCACCAUCCAAGUUUCUAAGCUCAUUGCCCAACGAAUGCGAGAUUUGGUGGAGCAUCCACUCUCCGACAAGGGCAACGAGCGAAGUCACACUGGCAGCGUCCAAACAGCUACCUCGACCGUAAAUCUCCGCACAGUCUGUAUUCUUCCAGUCACAGGUGGAGUACCUGUAGUGGAGUUUGGCCAUCGCCUGCUAAAUGCGCUUCAUCAAAUUGGCGUCAUGAACGGUGUCACGUCCCUCAAUCAGGCGGCUAUCUUGAAUCACUUGGGACGACAUGCUUUUAGCAAAAUGGGCAAGCUCAAAUUAUCUCAGUACCUUGCCGAUCUCGAGGAGAAGUACGGGAUGGUGCUUUAUAUCGCCGACACCAACGUGAAUGCUCCCUGGACUCAGACAUGUAUCACGCAAGCGGACUGUAUCUUGCUUGUUGGUCUUGCUGAUUCUUCGCCGAGCAUUGGAGAAUACGAGAGGUUCUUACUUGGAAUGAAGACAACCGCCAGAAAGGAAUUGGUGCUACUUCAUUCCGAGCGCUAUUGCUCCCCGGGAUUGACUCGAAGAUGGCUGAAAAACCGCGUAUGGAUCAAUGGUGGUCAUCACCACAUCCAGAUGAGCUUUCGACUGACCGCCGAACCCUCGAAUACUCAGACCAAGCGCUUUGGCACGGUGUUGAAGCAGAGAGUUCAGGUCCUGCAGGCCGAGAUCCAGAAAUACACCUCGCGACGAAUCCGUCAGACUCCCCUCUACGCCGUGGAUGCACCUUUCAAGGGCGACUUCCACCGCCUGGCCCGUCGGCUUUGUGGCAGGUCGGUGGGGCUGGUUCUUGGAGGAGGUGGUGCUCGGGGUAUCGCUCAUGUGGGUGUUAUCAAGGCGAUUGAAGAAGCCGGGAUUCCUAUCGACAUCAUCGGUGGCACCUCUAUUGGUUCAUUCAUUGGAGCGCUCUAUGCCCGGGACGCCGACGUGGUUCCCAUGUACGGCCGCGCCAAGAAGUUUUCAGGGCGUAUGGGUAGCAUGUGGCGGUUUGCCCUGGACUUGACGUAUCCUUCCAUCUCGUACACCACUGGCCACGAGUUCAACCGCGGAAUCUUCAAAACCUUCGGAGACAGUCAGAUCGAAGACUUUUGGUUGGAAUUCUACUGCAACACCACCAAUAUCAGCAAGUCACGGGCCGAAUUCCACUCGUCGGGUUAUACUUGGCGCUACGUGCGCGCGUCCAUGUCGCUGGCCGGCCUCAUCCCUCCGAUCUGUGACGAAGGCAGCAUGCUUCUUGAUGGCGGGUACAUUGACAACCUCACGGUGGCGCGCAUGAAGAGCCUGGGAGCUGAUGUAAUCUUCGCGGUGGACGUCGGAUCUCUAGACGACAAUACUCCACAAGGGUACGGAGAUUCUCUGUCCGGGAUCUGGGCUGUGAUCAACCGUUGGAACCCGUUCUCAUCAUGCCCUAACCCCCCAACUCUGUCCGAGAUCCAAGCACGACUUGCGUACGUGUCGUCAAUUGACAAUCUUGAAAGAGCCAAGAACACUGUGGGCUGUUUAUACAUGCGGCCUCCGAUCGAUCCAUACGGGACACUGGAUUUCGGCAAGUUUGACGAGAUCUACCAGGUUGGAUAUGCUUAUGGCAAAGAGUUCCUUGAUAAGCUUAAGAGCGAGGGGUCACUGCCUCUCCCGGAGGAGACCGAAGAGAAGAAGAAGCUUCAGCGCACCAUGGCACCUAGACGAGCAAGCAUAUGA